AAGCAACCAUUGGAAGCCUCUGCUGGCAUCUCUGUAGAUGAUCUGGACAUUGAUGGCCCUGAUGAGGAGCUGGAAGACACACAUGUUGAAAAGCAACCAUUGGAAGCCUCUGCUGGCAUCUCUGCAGAUGAUCUGGACAUUAAUGGCCCUGAUGAGGAGCUGGAAGACACACAUGCUAAUUGGAAUAAAGAUAAUGAACCUGAUGUUGAAACCUCAAUGGAUUCUGGACAUGCCACAGAGAGUGAUGGUUCAACAGUUGGUUACGAUGAACAUGAUGAUGACGAUGAUUCUGUAAAGGAUCCUGAUUAUAAGCAGGGACCGAACGAUGAUUUAACGGACUCGGAUGGUGACUCUGAAUCUGAUACUGUGAUCAUUGAAAAUAGUGCAGAUGAUGAAGCCAUGGACUGCAACGAAGCUGAUGAUCAUCAUGGGGAGAAACAUAAGGCAAAGAAAAGUGUUCCACGGUACAGAGAUGGUAAAAGCGAUAUAAAGAGACAAUGCAGUGACUUGGAAAAUAGUGCAGACAGUGUAGACAUGGAUUUAAAUGAAGCUGCGGAAGAUCAUGUUGGGGAGGCACUUAAGGCCAAGGUGAAAAUGCAGUUUGCACACAUAACUGUUCCGCAGCACAGCGAUAGCAAAAGUGAAAAGAGAAAUUAUAGUAAAAGUGACUAUUGCCUUUAUUGCGAGAGGCGAUACCAAUCAAAGAUUUCAGUUCACUAUCUUGCAGUUCAUUGCAAUGAAUCGGAUGUAAAAUCAGCACUCAUGGCUCCUGUCAAAUCUGUUGAAAGAAAAAAUGCCCUCCUUCUUUUGCAGAAUAGGGGGAACUUCAAGCACAAUGCAAAGUGCAUUGAAUUGGGUGAGGGAGAAUUUGUUGUUUCCAGGCGGCCAAGUGAAAAACGUGACAGAAAAGCACACGAUUUUUUGCCAUGUGAAUACUGCGUGGGCUUCUUUUUGAAGGAUUCUCUAUGGCUUCAUAUGAAAAACUGUCCCAUCAGACCACGUGGAGAACAACCUGAAACAAACUGUCUCCGAAAUGCAAGAAUCAUGCUUGAACCAUUUCUGCGCACAUCUUCAACUGACGAAGAAAGUGAAAUGAUUGAUGAUCUCAUCAAUGCCAUGAAAGAAACCAAAUCUAACCCAGGGAUUAGGAAGAUAUGCUUUGAUGAUCCCUUGAUAAGGGAAUUUGCUGCAUCUGUUCUGAGUAAAGUGGGUGAAAUCGAAGACCAGAGGAGAAAAGAUCUCAUGAACAUUCGCCAAAAGGUGCGAUCUCUCGGCAGACUACUGAAAGCCCUUAAUGAUGGAUUGGGGGCUCUUCGGAAAUCAUUAACCUACUUUUUAAGUGCUAGACAUUUCAAAUUAGUUGUGAAAACUGUUAAGCAGCUUGCAGCAGAGAGUGGUUCCCCACAGCUUGCGAUUGUGCUCGGCCAUUACAUCAAACAGGCUAAUCUUCUUAAGAUUAGCUUGGGCAUGCGAGAAGACUCGGAGGAAAUGCAGCGAGAAGCCAGAUGCUUCAAGGAAGAAUAUGAAGCUCAUUGGAAUAAUCAUGUAGCUUCUGUUAGUGUGAGAAAACAGAAGUUGCUCAAGAUCAAUAAGUCCGAAAAUAUUCCUUCUACAACGGAUUUGGUCAGGCUGAAAGACUGGCUCUCCACAGUUAUAUGCAAAGCCAUGCAGAGGACAAACCAAUCUAAUGAUGAUCUGAAAUGGCUAAGUCAGCUAGUGUUGACAAGAAUUGUCUUGUUUAAUAAGCGCAGAGUGAGCGAGGUAGAAGAGUUGAAAGUGAGUGACUUCCUAGGGAGAAAGAGCGAGAAGGAUAAUGAAGAAAUACUAGCAUCUCUUGAUGUCAGUGAAAGAGUCCUGGCAAAAAGAAUGGCACUGAUAGAGGUGAGGGGGAAGAGUACCAGGUCACUCCGCAAAGUCUUCAUCUUACUUUCUCCAGACAUGGUAGAACAGAUUGAGUAUUUGAUAAAAAAGAGGAAGAUCAUCAGCCCAUAUGUGUUUUCAAGACCGAGAGAAAUUAAUUCACCCAUAGAUGGCUGUGAAGCAAUCCGAGUGGUAACGAGCAAAUGCCCUAUGCUCAGAAAUCCAGCGAGUAUCCGAACCAGGGGAUUAAGGAAAUACAUGGCCACCACUGCACAAAUAAUUGACAUGUCCGCCAAUGAAUUGAAGAUGGUAGCAGACCACAUGGGCCAUAAUGUCAACAUCCACACUGACGUGUACAGAUUGCAAAGCUCAGUGCUUGAACGAGCAAAGGUUGCACGUGUUUUGAUUGCCAUGGAGAAUGGUGUCAUCAAUAAGUUCCAGGGAAAGAAACUUGAUGCCAUUAACAUUGAAGAACUUCCUCCCCCGGUUUCCAUAAAUGAUCAGCUGGAAAGAGGUGACCAGUUAGAGAGCAGGGAACUUACUUGUGAUGAUGUCGAUGGAAGCAGUCCAUUUGAUGGAGAACCACAACCAAGCUGCUCAGCUACUGCGGUUGCAGAUGAUCAGAAGUAUGGCAGUCAAAAGAGAAAGAUGGUUUCCACUGACGACGGCAUGUUCAAAACUAAGAGAGCAAGAUGGUCUGAAGAAGAAAAUGGCAUAUUGUUCAGGUACAUGGAUAAAUACAUAAAAGCAAAGAAGAAUCCCCCAGGGUCUGAAAUAGCAGCUGUUGCUGAAAAACUUGGAGGAACAAGGACUCCAGCUCAGAUAAGAACAAAGAUGAACAACCUGGUGACGGGAAAACAGAAAGUCGUUUUGCCAAAGUCCACCGAGGCUAUGAGAGCUGACAAUAACAAAGAUUAGAUUUGCUAACUGAGCCCCCCCCCAGGUAUAUCUAAAGUGUGUUACAUCCACAUUCAGCUCAAUCAAGGAAGUUCCAACGUCUUGUUCUACUAUCAAGUUGUGGAGUAUUCUUAAAAUGAAACCUUUGUUGUGGGGCAUAUUUCUCUGGUGGGAAAUAAUGUAUUCCAUGAAAAUUUCUUUUGCAGAACAUGUUUACAAAUUUCGCCAGGUGUCUGUAAGUUGCUAAAAUAUUCUUUCACAGAUUUUAGACCCCCACCCCCCCAUACUUGGUGCUGCUGCUGUGAAUAUCUUCUAAUGGGUUUUGUUUACAUUGAACUUAAAAACAUUGAAAUCCUGACACAAAGCUGUGUUUCUUACCUAAGUAAUUUUGGUAUUGGUAUCACUUACCUGUCUUUGCCACUAGAAGUGAUGUGUUCGUGGCCUAAUGUGUGUGGUUACGUCAUUAAUGAUGUGGUGUGUCUCAAACAUGGUAUGCAAGUCGCAUACUCCAGUCUCCUAAUACGUCAUCAACAAAAAGCCAAAUGCUUCCAUUAUUUUUGAGUAAUUAUAACAAUACUGUAAACCAAGAAAUGUGCAUAACCUUUAGCAUUUUGUCAAUUUUUUUUCUAUUUAGGAUAGUGUUUUGGAGAUAGGGUUCAGUUUCAUUCCAUUUGAUCUUACUUUUUGCAUAGAACUUUACAUGUAAUUCACAAUUAUUGAAACCCAAAACACAUAAAAAGGCACACAAAUAGUUCUUGGUUUAUAAUAGGCUUGUUUAAUAAGCACAGAGUAUGUUGCUGAAUUAUUUUGUGGAUGAUGUUUUGUCAUUACAUUUGUGAUAAGCAAGGGUCAAUUUUAUCCUGAUUUGUUGGAUUACAACGUGAGGAAGUUAAUGAGAGCUUACUUGGCAAGUACUUCUGAAUUUCAUGUGCACAUUUUCAAAUCACGUCCAUAGCAGGUUAUGAAAGCCCUGUCAUCUGUUGCUCGCUCCAAAAAGGUUGUGUUCAUUUUAUCAUAUUGGAGAUUCAAUAUUCGACUGUGUGCUCUGGUUUCGUCCAGUCUAUUACCAAUCAUUUUGUUGCGCAGCUUCCAAUUAAAGUAGCAGUGUCCUGCUGGUCAGUGGAGUAAGACCAUCGAUUGUCCUGAGAAUAUUGGGCCAAGUGCCAUCUUAAAUACAGACAGUGCCACCUCAAAGGCUUGAUAUUAGGAUGAUUUAAUCCUGUUUGCUUAAGAUAUGUCAGAUAUGCAAUCUACAUGUACGUGAUAUACAUGUAAAAGCUUUAAUUUGAUAAUAAAUGCUGUUCAUUGA